AUAUUUCAACGCCUGACCCAUCCUCUUUCACUUCCACAUUACCUGAAUUGAUUGAAAUAAAAAAGAAGUAUAAAUACAGAAUUAUCCUUGAUGAAAGUUUAUCAUUUGGAGUUUUAGGAAAAAGAGGCGCGGGUUUAACAGAUUAUUUUAACAUCAAGUCAUCGGAUGUUGACAUGAUCGUUGGAUCAAUGUGUAACGCGCUUUGUUCGUCUGGUGGUUUUUGUUCUGGGUCCCAUGAAAUUACUGAUUAUCAGCGUAUCUCUGGUCCUGCAUACUGUUUCUCGGCGGCUUUGCCAGCCAUGCUUGCGGUCAGUGCUUCUGAAUCUCUUGCUUUCCUGUCACAAAAUCCACAAUUGCUUGUUAGACUUCAAGAGAACUCGCACGUUUUUCGAAAUAUGUUUAAAGACAUGAACAAUUACGUAAGAUUAGACGGGUCAACUGAUUCUCCUGUUAUGCAUCUUCGACUAAAUAAAAAAAUUUUGGAUCUUACCGAGGAUCAUGAGGAUAAUAUUAUUAAUUCUAAUCAUCGUUAUAAUUAUCACGGUCGUCGGCAUAGUAAUAAAUUAAAUGGUUCAAGCGAUGAUUCGGAGAAAGCAGAUAGAUUAUUACAAGAGAUCGUUGAUAAGGCUAUAGACAAUGGAAUCCUAUUGACGCGUGCAAAAUACGUGCGGAAUCAAGAGCAUUUUGACAUUGAACCCAGCAUACGCAUUUGCAUAUCUGCGAGUUUCACGAAAAAAGAAAUAGAAAAUAUCGCAAUAACACUUAAAAAUGUGAUUACAAAUGUGUUAAGAAACAAAACUCAUGAGAUUCCGUCGGCUACUAUCGUUUAUACGAACGGGGCAAAAUAA